AUACAGACUUUUUAGCCUUUAAAGCAAUACUAUGUGUAACUCGUUCAAAUUACAACACAAAAUUCUCGUUUAAUUGCUCAUUUAACCUGUAUCAUUUUAUUGAAUAAAUCUAAUUUCCUGUUAAUAGUGCUCAAAAUGUGAGGCGGAAACCAAAAAGACCAGGAAGAUUAGAUCAAAUCAGCUGUCGAAAAAAGUGCUGAAAUUCUCCUUUAAUGUUUCCUUCACCCAGCAGAACCAAAACUUAUUUUGCGCUCUUCAGUUGCAUACUUUUAAAGUGCCAUUUAUUGUGAGGGAGAGGUAAGGAAAACAUUAUAAUUAUAUGGGCGUGGUCUAAUGUAAUAUUCCAAAACAGAGGGUAAUGCUUGCGUUGUAACCGGGGAAAUGUUCGUUUUUUGGCGCGAGGCUGGAAAGCUUUGAAUAAGGUUACUGCAGGAGAGAAGCGCGGGGAAGGUGUGUAUGGAAGGAAGGUAUAUAUAAUAUAUCAAGCAUGACGUUAACUGGUGCAUUUUCGAUCGAAAUUUGAACGCAGAUUCGCGGGAAAGAAAUACCUCACCUAAGAAAGCUUUUUCUAUGCAACAGCAUGUGAUUGGGAAAAAAGGUGGACUGGGGUUUCUGUGCCUUCAUCUGUUAAAUAAGCCCAAACACACCAAGGAUUCACAUCUACUUUCAUCAUCUGUCUCCCACUCUUGUCUCCUGUUUUUAUUACUAUUUUUUCCAUGAACUAUAUAUCUCUAUUUAAUAGUUGUUUUACUGUUCUUCUCUUUCUCCUCUCCCUCACCCAUCUCCAUUUCCAGCCUGAUUAUAUUUUUUUGUGCUUCAUCUACACCACCUUCUGGCUAUGUCAUUGUCCCAGGAUGAUAAACAUGCCACCACACCUCUUCCUCUUCCUGCACAUUUUGCUCAAGCCCAGCAACCUUUCUCCAUCAAAAAAAGACGCCUUCCUUUCUCCUCACACUCCACUUCUUCCUCGUCUCUUUCUCCUCCUCCACUGCUCUCACAGUCUCUACCCCCCCGCCCUCCAUCUAAGGGCUGCCCCCCUCUCAGUCGAGUCUUUCCCCAUCAGUCUCCAUCCCCCUGGACACCCCUCUCCUGUUCCUUUACCCAGCCUCCCCCUCCUCCAUCACUUUAUGAUCCUUGCAAAUCCCAGUCCUUCUUCAGCCAGUGUUUCAUCAACCUUGGCUUGCUGGGGAGGGGCUCCUUCGGUGAAGUGUAUAAGGUCCUCAGUCUCCAGGACGGACAGCAUUAUGCAAUCAAGCGCUCAGUCCAGCGUUUCCGAGGUGAUAGAGACCGGCAGAGAAGUGUCAGGGAGGCCAGGAACCAUGAGCGCUUAUGUCCCCAUCCUCACAUCCUGGGUUUCAAGGCUGCCUGGGAGGAGAGAGGUCAUCUUUACAUCCAAACGGAGCUAUGCUGUACAAGCCUAUUGAUCCACACUGAAGCCCAGCCACAUAACCCAGCGGAGUCGGUGGCGUGGGCCUACCUGAGCGACCUGCUGUCCGCCUUGCAGCACCUCCACUCCCGGGGCUUUGUCCACCUGGACCUCAAGCCUGCCAACGUCUUCCUGACUCGGUCGGGCCGUCUGAAGCUGGGGGACUUUGGGCUGCUGCUGGAGCUCACGGGGGACAGGAGAGGGCAGCCGGGGGGGAAAGAAAGGGAAGAUAGAGAGGAAGGACAGGAAGGAGACCCAAGAUAUAUGGCCCCAGAACUGCUGAGAGGAGAAUACACUCCUGCUGCAGAUGUUUUCAGUCUAGGUGUGUCUAUUCUGGAGCUGGCCUGUAAUAUGGAGGUGCCGAAAGGGGGAGAUGGUUGGCAGCAGCUCAGACAGGGAAGCCUGCCCUCUGAGUUUGUGAAUGGUCUGUCCGGUGACCUUCAGUCAGUGUUGAGGAUGAUGUUGUCUCCUGAUCCCUCUAAGAGGGCCACAGUCCCUCAGCUUCUUGCUCUCCCAGUGGUGAGGAGACAGAGGUGGAGACGGCAGGUUUCUCUGCUACUGACCGAGUCCCUGCUAUUCCUGUUCUCCCUCUGUCAGACGGUGUUGUCAACAGCAAGGGGGCUCCUGGCUUCUGUCCGCCUCCCAUUCCUCACUGCCCGGGCACCUUCCGUGCCUUGCACCCCUCCCAGAGAUAGCUGGGAAAAAGAUGGGGACUGCAGCACCCCUCCUUUUAGCUUCUCAUACAAUGACACAGAGAGCCUAGUGGAAGAUGUGGUGUUUUUUCCAGAAGAAAUGGGACCAGAUUACUCUCCCACCCUCCCUCAUAGAUCGAAAUCUCCGAUAUUUGUGAGUGGCACUUCCACCCCUCAUCCAAAAACUCGUACUGACUCUCACCACAGUCCAUGUCCCACUCACACUCCCACACAUAGCUACACACAUAGCCAUAGUCUCACACACACUCCCACUAGCACACACACAAGUAGAUUGAAACAUGAUCAAGUAGCCACUUCUGAUCAAAGGCUAGUAGACACAGGAAUUAAAGCACACACUUUGACACCCUCUAGUGCACAUAAUUCUGCCAAAACAGAGAAUCAGCAGCCGACAGCCACUCAGACUCAUAGUCCGGUCCUAAACUGGAUCAGACCCGAGCCUUGCUUGCGACCCACGUUUGAGCCCAAGAACCUCCUCGGCCUGUUUGAUGAGACCGCACUGGAAGGACAGUCCUGAGGGCAGGACCAUAUACACACCGUCCAUGCUGGGGAACCACUGCACUUAAAGAAUGAGAAGACAUUUGGAAUGGGAUACUAUACCUAUUGUUUAAUGCAUUUUUGGUGGUAUAUUCAUUUUGUGUUUCUAACUUAACUUCUUUGAGUAAACUACUGUUUUACUCUGCUUCAGAACACUUUCGGUACAAGGAGAGUAUGUGCUUCAAAUUGAGCGCUCACAUUUGGUCUUAGGCACUUGUCAUGUUCUACCAUGCUAAUGAAGAACAGUGAAAGGGGAUGUUCACUGCUGUUGAGAAAUUACUGUAUUCCAUGUGUUGUAUUCUAUGACUGCCUGUGAAAUAAAAUGAAUCGUUUAAGCA